AUGCCCAAGUCUUGUUUUGAAUGGAAUAUAAAGCAUAAACUGGGCGAUAAGAGUCAAUACAGUGAGUAUUUUACUUCACACAACUUUACUUGGCGUUUGGUGCUAGUUAGUGCGGAAAGACAUCUUAUCUUUUUAGAACAUUUUGGAUAUUUAACUUUUGAUGUGUUUACUGAUUAUAUUCUGAAUAUUGAAUAUACUGAUGGAGAUGUCCAGAGGGAAGAGAUUUCCUUUGCUUUUGGUGGUCAACUAGAUUUUAGUACAGUUCUUCAUCCUAAAGAUACCAAACGUAUUAGUAUUUCUAUCUUAUCAGCUACAAGGUGUUAUGAAUCUAAGAAGACAACACCUUUUGCUGGUCUUAUUAACUUAGGCUCAACUUGUUACUUGAACUCUUUAAUGCAAAGCUUGUUUCAUAUCAAAGGGUUUACUCAAGCACUUUUCCAACAAGGACCUCAACCUAAGACUUUGGAAAUGCAGAAACUCUUCUGUCAACUAGAAAGUGAGCCUUUAUUCGUAGAUACGUCUGCUUUUGCUAAUGCCUUUAAACUUAAUGAACCAAUUGAUGAUCAACAAGAUAUUCAAGAGUUCUUUAAAGUCCUUCUUGAUGAACUAGAGAAAGAAGCUAAAGGUACUCCUUUCUUUGAUUUCCUCAUUAAGACCUUUUAUGGUGAUUUAGCCGCCUUAAUUGAAUGUGCUUCUGGUUGUCGUAGUGAACGUAUUGAGAAGUACAAUGAUAUUCAGUUGGUAGUUGGUGAUCGACCUACCGGUUCUGCUUCUUCUUUAGAGGAAGCUUUACAAGCUUAUAUAACUACUACUCACCUGACUAAACCUAAUCUUUAUAAUUGUGAGAAGCACGGGUACGUUGAAGCCACUAAAAAGGACUACUUUAAGACUUUCCCACCCGUUCUUUUCUUCCAGAUUAAACGGUUCAAUAUGGACUAUGAUACGGGUGAGGCCUAUAAGAUCAAUGAAUUCUUCUCCUUCCCGGAACGAGUUAAUCUAGCACCUUAUACGCACCAGCCUGAUGAACCUCUCUUCUACUCACUCUACUCAGUCAAUGUGCAUAUUGGUGAUGGUCAUUCAGAAGGACACUACUACGCCUACAUUAAAAAGGGUGAGGACUGGUACAAAUUCAAUGAUUGUUACGUAACUAAAGCUUCCGCGCAUGAAGCCGUUUAUGGAACGUUUGGUGGAGCCCAUGAGUACAAGAACCGCCAAAAGAUUGCUAAUGCCUACUACUUAGUCUAUAUUCGUGAAUCAGAUUUAGCUGAACUACUAACUCCAGUUGAUCCUCAAGUCCCCAGUAGUAUCCAGAACAUGAUUGAACGUGAUCGGUUCUUACAACAACGAGUGCCUCUGCAGUUGUACACUCGAGAGACUUUAGCUGGGUACUGGGGACUUGGCGCUUUCAAUCCGGCCCAAAUUCAAACACGGGCCUUACCGGCUGUAGUUAGUUUAGAGAACUCACAAAGUAUUCGGCAACUGCUUAUGCAAACUAAACGGGUAACUAACAUUGCAGCUAGUAAUAUGCUGGUUUUUGUCAUGGGUGAUCAAGGUCAGAGUUUAGAUCUUCUGAAUAUGCCGGCUAAUAGUAUUGUUGGGGAUUUACCAGGUAAGGUCUUCUUUGUUGCGGAAAGUCAGCCGGACGUACCAGUUGAAGAUACGUUUGUUCUCUUUGUGAAACGCGAGAAGGCAGCUGGUCAGCCCUACGACUUAAAAGUGGUGGUGGAGGUCGAGAAUGUCGUAAUUGUCCGGCGUUCGCAAAAGGUCUGGGAUUGGGCCGAAAGUACUUCAUCUUCACCCGUACCUUUACUAGCUGAGAUAAAUGGGGAGGCUAGAGAGAUAGGGAAGGAUAUUUGUUUUGGAGAACUAUUUAAUGGUGGAUUUGGAGUAGUAGUGGCUGAUGCAGGUUUAAGUUCUUUAUCUGAGUACUUGGAUGCUUUAAAAACGCAUCGACUUAUUCAUAUCUUUAUUGAUCAGUAUCCGGGCUUUACUUUAUGGGUGGACAAGUCCUGGGGAGAUACUGAACUUUUUAAGCAGAUUGAGCAGAGUUUAGGUUCAGCAGAGUUUAAGCUAGUUGCCCAAUCGGAAACACAUAUUGAAAUUAGUGUGAAUCCUGGAUAUACUUUUGUGCAAGUAGCUAUUCUCCUGGGUCGAACGGAGAACAUCAAUGCUAUUCCUAAAACGUGUCGGAUUUUAGCAGUAACAAGUCCGGCGGUAGAGAUUGUAGGGGCGGUUGGUUUAAAUCCAACUUCUCUGCCGAGUAAGUGUCGUGUAGUGAUGACGGAGCAGGGUAAAGACCGACCUCAAGUCUUCCGGCUGGGUGAUACGCUUGAUCUGAAGCCUGGAGUAGUUCUAGCUAUUCAGGAGGUAAGUAGGCGCCGACAUGCCGAGGCUUUUAUAAGACAUAAUGAUGAGGUGGUUGGGCAUCCGUUCUUUAUAGAUACUGAGACCAGAAGAACCGGGAUGGAGACCAAACGCCGGUACAGUGUGGAGGAUAGUGCUCUAAUGCGUCUAUCUCAGAAGAGUAAGAGCACGAUUGAAGAUACCAGUACGGUCAAGAAAUCAGGGAGUACAGAUCGGUUCGUCUUUGCAGUGGGGUAUGCCGCUCGGGAGCAGAUUGUCAUGCGGUCGGCCUUCUUGCAGUAG